CGAGGACCGGACGGAUAGAACACAGUGUACGUGGGUACUACUGAGUGCAUCUGGAGUCAGGCAAGGAUGCAAGUUCCCGCACGUUUGGAGGAUUAAUCAGUUACUCAAUCUAUUGAGAAUCAGAAUGUCUACCAAAAAAUUACGAGAACUACAAGAGAAACUAUUGCGGCCUCAAAAUGGCGGUAAGGGUGUAGCAAAGAAAUUUCUUAAACCUUUCUACUGCCAAAGGUGGCCAACGUUAAAAUUCAGCAAAUGUUCUCAAUUUCAUUUUGUGAAGCGCUAAAACGCAAUAGUACCGUGCGAAAGUAUCUCCAAAGGCGUUUCCACAGACCCAAACGUUAGAACCACAAGACUCUUUUAUUCACCCUGGCAGUGAAAGGUGACAAGGGCAUAGUUCCCUUCUUAAAGCACUUUAAAUAUCACAAGAUUAAAUGAGGAAACUGCCUGCUACUAAAUUACGAUUUAAGCCAGAAUACAUAAACUGAGCUGCAGUUACUUCCUUACUGAGAUUUGAAAAUAUGACUUCGAGCUGAAAGUACAGUACGGUUCAGUAUUUGAGGUUUUAGUUAUUUUUACCUUGUCCAACGCCUAUGAGCUUCGGUUUUCAAGCAGGCCCAGGAGCUCAUCAUCCUGGCUGGCCGGAGUAACGUAAGUCGAAACAAAUUCAAGUCCAACUCACCAAAUCGCAAAGAUAUUCAAUUCUAUACAGUAUCUAGGACAGUCACUGGCAGAUGUACGGAAAACUAUGGUGUAUUAAGAGGGUGGCCUCUAACGCUCAUCGCGCAUUAGACGAUCUCUCCAACUCCUAAUGAUUCAUGUCAGCAUGCUCUUUUAUACUUAAGUACGCUUACUUCCUUAAUUGAAUUACAAAAAUAAGCCUUCGACCUUAAGGGUUGCGGUCGGUUAUAUGAGGGUUUGAGUUUAGUUAUUUUUACCUUGUGAAACACCUAAGAGCUUCAGCUUCUAAGCUUUCUAGAGUAAUUUAGCUCGACAAAUUUCCAAACCUAAAUCAUCAAAACGCAACUGACGAACUUUACUACGCAGAUUAUAUCUCGCACGGUAUCUACAGUCACCUACUGGCAGCUGUAUGGAGAAGGUGGUCGGACUUUUGACGAUCUCACCGACCUCAUCUUACCGUCCUGGUCUACAUGUUGUUUGAUUUGAAAUAGGUUAAACGUUUGAGCGCGCUAUAUUCAGACUACCAAUGCAAGUAAAGUAGAAAUUGUCGAGUUUCUCCUGAACAAGUUGCGGAAGAAUUGCGCCGAGAUCGCUAACUACAAUCGUUGAAGAGUUGUUACCACACAAUCCGCGAAGGCAAUUGGCGCAGAUCAUAAACCGGGAUAUCAGUCUUACCCUGAUCAAAGAUUCAUUGUUAAAUUAUAAAACUCAGCUUCGCGGAACAAUCAAAGUUGCUAAUUUUUAAAUCAGCGGACUGUCAAUCAGGCUACAAUUCACAAAAGAGAGAUAAGGAAACUACACUCUGACUUAAAAUAAGAACUUUCAAAGUUAUGUUUGCAUAUUCGUUUUGCUUACUCUCCUUAAUAACACACUAUUUGUUAUUAGUUGGCUUUAUAUUGUAUUGUAUUUCGCAUAACUGAAGUUUGAAUUGGUCAGUUUUGCAUCCGGAUGGAAAGAAGCGGAUGUCGUCUUUUAGGAUCGAUAGUAAGUAAAAAUGUAUUUUCCCUUGAAUAUAAGGAAGGGACGGUGGCUGCGUGACAUACUUCAGUGAUGCUAACAACUGUUUUUCAUAAGAUACUUUAUCAGUUCCUCAUCCUGGCCCACCAGGAUGAGGAAUAUCUUUCAGAUCACUGAACAACUGUUUCUGAUUCACAAAAUCACUGCUGAUCAGGUAGACUUUUAUUGCUACACCUAGCAUUUACUCGGGUCGGCUUCAGCUAUUGGCCUCCUCAGUCGGAGAAAGAAAGUCAUCAAGUCUAGAGCGUGAUGUGGCUAAGAUGGACGGUCGUGUGUUUGAGUGCUCCGCGUAACAUCUCGUAAAUUUCUAAUGUUUAAGUGUUCCUUCUGCUGUCUUGUAUCUGUUUGGUUAUCUUGUUUCGUGUGUCAUAUUAUGCCUGAGCAAUCGUUAUGUACUUGCCUUGUUUUAUGUUAGUUUAAAUUCUAUUUACUGUGUAGUAGUGUCUUCACUGUUAUUUAGUCCAUCAAUCUUGUUUUGUAAUACGUCUUCAGCUCUCCCCGCCUCGAUUAGCUUAUAAGCUAUUUGCCAGCGGGAAAGUAAUGUAAUUAGUUAUUUUCCAAUUUUCAAUAAAAUUUGUUGUUUGUUUUGUUUGUAGCGUGGCCGAUGUGGUGCGUGGCCACAGACGGAAUUAAGCAAUAAAAUUGGCAAUAUUAGUAGGUCUUAGUUGCUGUAACUUAGUUCAUCUUGCGCCUGUACAAGCCGGAGGGUCUCAAUGGGGUGUUGGUUCUCAAACUUUAAUUCGAUCUCAUUCACUCCUGGGGAAUUUUGCCGAACAACGCAAUUUGAAGUUCAGGUCGAGCUGUUUCCUGUUUCCUGUAUGCCUGGCUACAAAGAGCUAAAACUUACCAAAAAGCCGUUUACAAGUCUUGCACUUCGUGGUCUUCUGUUUUAAAGAUGCCGGUCCCUUAAGUAUCUUGAAUGUAAACUAUGCCUAGUAGGAAGAUACAAUAUAAGAUGCUCAGGGUGGGCAGUGAUAUAUACAAUCCUGAAGACCAGUUGAAAACGUUGGUAUCUCCUGCGAUCCUUUAGACUCUGUUAGUGUUAAAUAUCAAUAAUCAGAAUCUUAUUAACGAAAUAAACUGCAACUGAUUCAACUAAUAUGAAAAUUUUCUGCAUAAACUUUACUCGCAGCACCUCACUCACUAAUGGAAACUACUGGGUGGCAGUCUCGCUAAAAGCGGUGCACUUGAUUUCGCGGCCAAAAAUAGUUUUCCUUUAGUUUUUGGUUGGUGAAGGGGCUUUAGUAGGCAUACACUAAAAUUGCUAUUUUUAUUUUAAAAUUCUUUUUCUUUUAGUAGCUCUGCUACAAGCCAAAAACGAAUUGAGUCCGUCUCGGCCUCCGCAGAGAGUGUUUGAAAGACAAAAAUGAUGGAUUUUGAGAAGCGCGUCAGCAAACAAGCGAAUGCCCGCACAAAAAAAGUGUUCAAUUCAGUUUUUUAGUUAACCUUAGAUAGUUCACAUCGCCUGUGGGGUUAUUAGGUAAAACUAAUAAAAUAAGCCUAAUAACAUGAACACGAGCAGAAAACGAGAUGCUUCAUAAAAUAGCUAAGAAGCAUAGGGACCAAUACAGAUGGGAACGAAAUUAAGGCUAACAGAAUAAGCGAAAACUAAACUAAACAAAGCAAGUUGACGCCGCGAGGCCCUAGAAUGACACGCAUAACUAAACAGUCACUAAAUCAAACCCCCUAACCGCGAUCCCUCGCGCGCUACACUAGAACCCAGCUCUCCGUUCCGUGCCGGCAAAAUCGUAAUUUAGGUCAAUUCUAAUUUACACAAAUUACAUUUUGGCACUUUAGUUCGUCUCUGGCCUCUAAAAGGAAGUGACUCAUCUUUUUUUACUACUUUUGAAACGAAAGAGAUAUAUUAACACUUGUUAACAAGGAUGGUCAUGCAUGUUGCUGAUUACCACGAUCAACUGGCGGGACGCCAGCGUCUUGUAACUACUUGUACCAAGAGAGGAUUAGUAGGCAGUGCAUUAAAUGGAAUUCCCUAGAUCAGAAGUUGAUUCAAGCUCUCUCAGUAAUAAAAAUCAAGAUGACGACCCAGGGAAACAAAACAUCUACAAGAAAGGCAACCUUAAAUUUUAAGUCCUUUCGACCACAAUUUCAGAGUGAAUCUCAGAUCACCGCGGCGCAUAAAUUAUUGUAAUAAUCAAAAGUUUGCGCACAACAAAAACAAGUCAUCUAACCGUUUUAUCUGUUCUCGGUAAAUAAGAAGGUUACCUUUACUGUAGAUUCUUCAUUGAAAAAGUCGAGCUGAAGUAAUGCCUUUUCGUUUAUUUUCACAAUCAAAUCAUGGCAUGAUUUUUCACGUACUGUUAUGGUCGCGUGGCCACGUAACUGGCAAAAAUCUUUUAAAUUGUGACGAGAUUCUGAAUCGAAACGAAAGUGGAAACGUCAGAAAAGAAGGGGACAAGAUUACACAAGGCCUGACCAAUCUCACCACCGAUAAGCCACGAGCUAGUGUACGACGUUGACGGGUAAUAGGGGACGCAGAAUAUCGAAUACAGUAGAUCGGACAUGGCCAUGUUUGGGAUGAAAUAAUUUAUCGGUUUUCUUAAGGUUGGCGUUUUAUAAACGAUCAACACAAGGAAAGAAUUUGCUAUUAACGAAACAGCAUGCUCAAGAAUCAGACUCAAAGCAAUGGUCUGUUCGAUUUUGUACGCUGUGACACUAAAGCAGCUUGAAGACUCGAUCGUUCCAUUCCCUGUUACUGAGUUCAUGUUUUCUGACCCCUAAACAGCACGGUGCUCGGUGUUCACUUAAGUAACUAGUAUAAUAUCAACUGCUCGAUUUGUUAAUCAAUCGAAGUAUUGGUUUCAUCUUGUUACUGAUCACCCUGCGAGCAUAGCCUUUUCUUGAUCGAGGAGGAAAAACAGAGGCUCUGCCUGAAUGACCCCAUGCCCCUAAGGUCGCCACAGCCCAAACUUAUGAACUAGUCAAUCUUGUUUUCUCUCGUCAAACCGGUUUUUUCGAGUGCAAGCUUCUUUUGUUCGAGCCCGCUGUAGCAGGCGCUCGGCUAUUACGCCUUGGUUCGAAAGCAACAUGGCGCGCAUGCUCAACAAAGAUCUCAUUAAAGCAGAGUCUUUCUCGAGUACGCCAAAAGCGAAAGAAAGGCUCUUCUGACAGGGUGGUUACAUGUGGUUAGUAAUAAGCCUAAAGAACUUGCCAGCCCCGAUCAGGUGAUUGUAUUUAUAGCUUACUCGAAAGGGAGCUCACUGAAACGAUACGUGUUCUAAAAAAAUACACAGGUGUGCCAAAUUUAAUCUUGGCUGUACGCUUAAAAAACUACGCAUUUUUGAGAU